UGCUAUACAUACCCAUCACGCAAAAUCCUUUGAAACCCCCUUCAAGUACUAGUCUCUUUGCAGUUUGCACUUCCCCACCAACACUUCACUCUACACUUUCUCUCCCUAGAAAAAAGAGAUAAAAACCAACUCUCCAAAAUACUCACAGAACAAAGAAAAAACAGCAACAAUGUCAAGAAACACACAAUUCUACACACAACUACCUCAUGAAGGAUUAUAUGGAACUCAACCCAUAAUGGAUCAUCAUCAAGGCCACCUAAUUGUACCUGAUCAUCACAACCAGCAACAACAAUUGCAUCAUUGGGGGAGUAGUGCUUCAAACCAAAACCAAAAUCAAGUUGUUUGGUAUUCACAAGAAGCAGCAAGAACACAACAAUCAGUAAUCUCAGAUGAUGAAGAAGGAGAAGAGUCAGGUGGUGGUGGUGGUGAUGGUGGUGGUGGUGGAAGAGCAGGUACUAAUGAAGUAGUAGAGAUAGAGGAAGAAGAAAGAGAACAUAUGUUUGAAAAACCAUUAACACCAAGCGAUGUAGGUAAACUGAAUCGAUUAGUUAUACCGAAACAACAUGCAGAGAAGUACUUACCACUCGGUGGUCAUGAUUCGUUACUGAGUUUCGAAGAUGAAUCGGGUAAGGAUUGGAGAUUUCGUUAUUCAUAUUGGAAUAGUAGUCAGAGUUAUGUAUUAACUAAAGGAUGGAGUAGAUUUGUUAAGGAAAAACAUCUGGACGCCGGCGACAUUGUUAUGUUUCAACGCCGUCGUUUCGAUGGUGAGCGUUUGUUUAUCCGAUGGAGACGUCGGAAUUCACCUACACCAACAGCAGGAGAUGAUCAUCAAUUCUGCUCAUCACGGUCGUCGCUACAAGUGGUUCCUAAUUCUAAUACUUCUAAUUGUAAUUCAAAUUCAUCAUCAUCAACAACAACUAAUUCAACAUGGAACCAAGCUAAUUUCUAUCCUAAUAGCCAGCAGCAGCACUACCAGUACCAUCAUCAUCAACAACAACAACAUCACCAUGGGCCUUCUUCUUAUCCUUCACCUCCUCUUCAUCAGCAUCAUAAUCACCAUGUGCCUCUAUUAUAUCAAUCUCCCUAUCUUCAUGCAGUGGGACAUAAUAAAGAUGAGGCAGCAGUUGAUGAGAAAAUGAAGAUAGCAGCAGGAGGGAAUUCAAAGAAAUUCAGACUGUUUGGUGUCAAUCUAGAUUUGCCAAAUUGAUGAUCAUCAUCAAAACCAGGGCCGAAUCCACAUUUUGCAGCAUCAUCAGGAGAGGCAGCAGCAGCUUCAUGGUCCCCAACUAUGCCUCAACAACAGUAGUGACUAUCGAUCUUGAAAAUAUCCAAAUGCAAUUUUUAAUUUAAUUUAAUUUUGUUUUUCUGUUUUUUUUGUUGGAGAAAAUGUAUCUAGUCAGGGUUCCUUUUUUCCCCCCUCACGCAUAAAAAUCCAGGGUUGAUGUUAUCACGGCGGGGACCAAAUUUUAGACUCAGUCUCUCUCUCUCUCUCUUACUUGCUAGUAGUAGUACCUGGUUGGGCAAAAACAACACAAGUUUUAUUAAUAUUUUAUGAUGAUUCUCUUGGGUAAAGUCUAAGCUAUCGUAAUUGCUUACGUACAACUUCUUCUUUACUUCUUCAGCACACAUGGAGAUAGGAACCAAACCAACUUCUUCUUCUUCUUUGCACGUUUAAUUCAUGGUUAAAAUUCUUGAGCAAACAAUUUUACUGCC